CACACUCACAAUUGUUAACCCCACAAAAUUGUAAAUUCUAAAGAAAACAAAAAAAUAAUAAUUGAAAAAAAGGACAUUUUUUUUAGUUUUUUUUGGCUUUGGAGCUUGGUCUUCCCCUUGGCUGGAUACCCUUUGAAUUCAUCACCAAAGAUUAUAAGGAAGAAGUUGAAUUUUUCUUUGUUUUCUUCAUCAUUUCAAAGGGGUCCAUCUCCUAGGUAUGCUGGCAAGGAUAUUCAUAUAAAAAAUAUUGCUUUGUGAUUUGCAUUUUCAUUUUCUUGAGCAAUCUUUUGGGUAGCUUGGGAUGUGGAGAGAUCCAGGAGCUCCGGCAGAUUCUUUCUAUGAAAUCCGCCCUGAGUGCACAGAUGUUCCCAAGUCAAGAUUUAGGAUAAAGGCUGGUAAAACUCUAAGUGCAAGAAAGUGGCAUGCUGCAUUUUCUCCCGAAGGGUAUUUGGAUAUAGGCAAGACUCUAAGCCGAAUCCACCGUGGGGGAAUUCACCCAUCAAUUAGAGGAGAAGUUUGGGAAUUUCUACUCGGUUGCUAUGAUCCAAAGAGUACAUUUGAGGAAAGAGAUGAGAUAAGGCAGCGCCGAAGGACGCAAUAUGCUGAAUGGAAGGAAGAAUGCCGCCAAUUGUUUCCUCUUGUGGGAAGUGGGAGAUUUAUCACUGCACCGGUGGUUACUGAAGAUGGUCAACCAAUUCAAGAUCCAUUGGUUCUAUUAGAAAAUAAUCCAGACGGUGGAGCGAUUGUACCUCCUCAAACUCCUCAAGAUAAUAAUGGUAUGGGACCUCCCAGCACUGACGCUGCAAAUAAAUUAGAGAAGAUGACAGACAAAGGAGUAAUCCAAUGGAUGUUAACUCUGCAUCAAAUAGGUCUUGACGUGAUUCGCACUGAUAGGACACUAGUGUUUUAUGAGAAGAAAGAGAACUUGUCAAAACUAUGGGAUAUUCUUGCAGUUUAUGCUCGGAUAGAUACAGAUGUUGGCUAUUGUCAAGGAAUGAGUGACUUAUGUUCUCCCAUGAUAAUUCUUCUGAAUGAUGAAGCUGACGCGUUUUGGUGCUUUGAGCGUCUGAUGCGUAGACUGCGAGGAAAUUUCAGAUGCACUGAUAGUUCUGUUGGGGUGGAGGCUCAACUGAGUAAUUUAGCUUCAAUUACUCAAGUAAUUGAUCCAAAACUUCAUCAACAUUUAGAGCAUCUUGGUGGAGGUGACUAUCUGUUUGCUUUUCGAAUGCUAAUGGUUCUGUUUCGUCGAGAAUUCUCCUUUUGCGAUUCAUUGUACCUUUGGGAGAUGAUGUGGGCUCUAGAGUAUGAUCCUGACAUGUUCUGGUUGUACGAAGAUGCUGAAGAAACUUCUGAUAAGUCUGAGGAAGCGAAAGCGAGAUUAAAGUCAAUACGCCAUUACGGAAAGUAUGAGAGAGAAAAUAUGAAAAAUGCAUCAAAGAGUUCUGAAGAACCUCCUCUUCCCAUAUCUGUUUUCCUUGUUGCUAGUGUGUUGAAAGAGAAAAGCGCAACACUACUCCAGCAAGCACGAGGCUUGGAUGACGUUGUCAAGAUAUUGAAUGAUGUAAAUGGAAAUCUAGAUGCCAAAAAAGCCUGCGUUGCGGCACUGAAACUUCACAAGAAAUAUUUGAAGAAGGCCAAGAAACCCUAGCACCAAACCCUGCUGCAGACAUUUGAUUUUUUGUUGAUCAUAUAUCACUUCCUGCAUGGUGCCAUUUAUUUGGGAGACCAUAUUGGAUGUCCUUAAUAACUUUGGAUUAAAUUCUAUAAAAUUGAAAAAGGGUUCUAACCAUAAAGUCUUAGCUGAAAAACAAUUGUUGUAUAUGAAAUUAAUUUGAUUUUUUUGUAUAUCUAAAAAUAACAAAGGUUGUGCAUGAAUUUAGUCUGUUCAACCAUGUACUCAUACUUUGUAAUCUAUGUGACAUGGGAAAAGAGGGAUACAAGAGAAAAACAAAAAGUGAUACAAGAUAUAAUCAUCCCUGUUGACAAAAUUAAUGUUGGCCUUCAUCUCUUGCCUUCAAAUAUCUU